AUGGAUGCGAGCGCAUUAAUUCUAAUAAAAAUUAUGAUUUUCGUCGGCCAUCUUCCCAUGCAGAAAGCAUUAUAUAUAAGUCUGUGCCUCCGCUUAGCUCAAAUCACUGAAGCUGAGAGUCUACUUCCCAACAUGGGAAAGAGUAAUAGUUGUGGAAGUAGAAUCUUCUUUCUCCUUGCUCUUCUGGCCUCCCUUCUGUUGGCUUCCUCGGCAAGCAGGAAGCUUUCAGCGGGUAAUGGCGGCCUCGAGGAGCAGAAGUGGUUCCAUCAUGCUGGUGGGGGACUUGGGGGUGGCGGUGGGCUUGGAGGCGGUGGAGGUGGUGGGUUGGGUGGCGGUGGUGGUUCUGGUGGUGGGUUCGGUGGUGGAGCCGGUGGAGGAGCUGGAGCUGGAGGAGGGCUCGGAGGCGGCGGCGGAGGUGGAUUUGGUGGUGGUGGCGGUUCCGGCGGAGGGAUUGGUGGUGGAUCAGGUGGAGGCGGAGGGAUUGGUGGUGGAUCAGGUGGAGGGUAUGGUGGUGGAGCCGGUGGUGGAGCCGGUGGAGGAUCCGGCGACGGCGGUGGGCUAGGUGGUGGCGGGGGAGGUGGGUUCGGAGGCGGAGGUGGUGAGGGCGUAGGUGGAGGAGCUGGUGGAGGCUCUGGAAGCGGUGGCGGGGCAGGCGGCAGUCUAGAUAGUGGUGGAGGUUUUGUGGGGGUGGAGGAGGCGGCGCCGGUGGCGGUGGCGGUGUUGGAGGUGGACUGCCGUAGAAGGAAGGCAUGA